AUUAACGUGCUGGUGGAAGUGGAAGAGAAUUGAAAUCGCGCGCUGUUUUAUUCGCUUGUUUAUGCCAAAGUCCAUGGCUGGAUCAUUUAAUUAGUGGUCUGGAACUGGACAGAUCCGCUCAGUGACACCAUUAAACCAGUGGGUUUGCUACAUGCCCAGGGAUUGGCUUCGCAUCGGAAUUGGAAUAUACAGGUACAGAGAGCCGUCACAGCCGUAACGCCCACUCCCGGGCUGCCAGAUCUCCCCGGUUCCGAGCUAGAGACGCCAACGUAGUCGGCCGUCGUCGUCAUCGUCGCCAUCCACGUCGUUUCCGUCGAAUUGAGCGAAUAUUUAAUGUUGGCCCCAGGUCUUCUGGCUCGCAGAAACGUUCUAAACCUGCCGGCGUUCAAUUCAUGGAGGACGCUUCUCCGCACCGCUAGACAUCGCCCCUCAUCCACGGCAGCCCAUAAAAUCCAACCAAGUGUUCUGGAACAGCAACAGCCACAGCGUCCAUUUACACGAGCAUACCCAGCCUCUAAAGUCAUGGAAAUACCGGAGGGUGUGUUUCGCGGUCUGACGGACCGCUUUGCCGGAGUCACAGUUGAUGGACGCGAGGAGAACGUGGAUAAAUCCAGCUUCCGGGAUAAACUGCAGAAAUCGCUGGACUUUUGGACGACGAAUAAGAAUCGGGCCAUUUGGUUCCGGGUAUACAAGGAGCAGGCCGAUUGGGUGCCCAUUCUGGCGGAGAACGGCUUCGAUUUCCAUCACGCUCGGACGGGAGUGGUGGUCAUGUACCGCUGGCUGCCGGAGCAAGAGUCCAACAACCUGCCCACCUACGCCCACACGCUGGUGGGCGUGGGCGGGCUGGUGAUCAACGACCAGGACGAAGUCCUGGUGGUCUCCGAACGGUAUGCGAUGAUACCCAACAGCUGGAAGCUACCCGGCGGCUAUGUGGAGCCGCGGGAGAAUCUCAUCGAUGCGGCGAUGCGCGAGGUGGCCGAGGAGACGGGCAUCCGGACCGAGUUUCGGUCGGUGGUCACUCUGCGGCAUGCCCACGGCGGCACCUUCGGCUGCUCCGAUCUCUACGUGGUCGUCGCCCUGAAGCCCCUCAAUCUGGACUUCAAGCGGUGCGAGCGGGAGAUAGCGCGCCUCCAGUGGAUGCCCAUCGCGGAGUAUCUGCAGCAUCCGCACGUGCACGAGACGAACAGGCAGUUCGUCUGCACCUUCUUGGACUACCAGAAGCGCGGACUAAGCAUCACCUGUCGCGACGAUGUGCACCAGGUGCUCAAGAAGAAGUACAACCUGUAUUACGUGGAGCGGGAGCAAAAGGAGCAGCAGCAGGAUCAAAAUAAUUCGUGAGACUUGAAGGUUAAGUGGCCAAAUUCAUAGUGCAAUACCUAUUUAGCUUUUUCCUUUCCAACCCAGAAGCAGCACAAGAGCACAUUGAAAUGUUCAUAAUUUAGUUAAAUAAACGCUAUUUUGUAUAUAUGUUUUAAAAAUCA